AAAUAUUAGUCAACAUUUGCAUAUAUAGUUAUCAAAUUCGAAACUUGUUCCUCUAUUUUUUAUUCCCAUUACUUUGAUCAGGUCUAAUAUACACUUUGUUUAGCCAAUAUAUACAAGGCAAUUUCUGCAAAUUCUAGGUAACAAGAACAUCAAUAUAGCCAGCUUCACAACAUGAAAGUAUUUUCAGUAUUAAUCUUCUUCCUUCUAGCUACAACGUCCCAUGGUAGCCAGGUUUUUUCAGAUGGGUCAUGCCUGAGUUGGCGAUUUGCUGUGGAAACUAAUAAUAUUAAAGGAUGGCAAACAGUUCCUAAUGAAUGUGGAGAGUACAUGGGGAAUUACAUGUUAGGCCAUCAGUACAGGAAAGACUCCAAAGCCGUCACUGAUGAAGCUUGGCGCUAUGUUAAGAGCCUGAAACUACCCAGCGACGGCCGAAACAUAUGGGUUUUUGACAUAGAUGAGACCUCGCUCUCUAAUUUGCCUUUUUUUGCCCAGCAUGGAUUCGGGACAAAGCCGAUUAACAUCACGACGGCAUACGAAUGGGUCAACAAAGCCAAAGCACCAGCGUUGCCGGAGAGUCUUGAGCUAUACAGAAAGUUAUUGUCUCUUGGGAUUAAAGUUGUGUUUCUGACAGGAAGAGAUGAAGAGUUCAGGAAUGUCACUGCAACCAACCUAAAGAAUGUUGGAUACCACACUUGGGAGCAACUUAUCCUCAGGGCAUCAUCUUAUCCGGCAAAUGCAACAGUUCAAUUAUACAAACCAAAUGAAAGAAGAAAGCUUGAGGAGAUUAACAGGUACAGAAUUAUCGGAAACAUAGGCGAUCAAUGGGCUGAUAUUCUGGGGAUUCAUCCUGGCAAUCGGACGUUUAAGCUGCCUAAUCCAAUGUAUUACGCACUAUAGUGAAAUACAAUGUAAAUUUAUUUAUGU